AUGAGGGUGUUUAACCGGGGUGUGAUGAUGCUUCUGACCACAGCAGGGGCUUUCUGUGCCUUCAGCCUCAUGACCAUCGCCGUGGGAACGGACUAUUGGCUGUACUCCCGAGGGGUGUGCCGCUCUAAGACGCUGAGCGACAACGAGACGGUCCGCAAGAACGAAGAGGUCCUGACCCACUCCGGUCUGUGGAGGACCUGCUGCACGGAGGGGACAUUUCGGGGUGUUUGCAAGGACAUUGAUCACUUUCCUGACGAUGCAGACUACGAGCAGGACGCUGCUGAAUACUUACUGCGAGCGGUACGAGCCUCCAGCCUCUUCCCCAUCCUCAGUGUGGGGUUAUUAUUUCUAGGGGGUGUCUGCGUAGCUGCCAGCGAGUUCUACAAGUCACGCUAUAAUGUCAUUCUCACUGCGGGUAUACUCUUUGUCUCUGCAGGUCUCAGUAACAUCAUUGGCAUCAUUGUGUACAUAUCAGCCAACUCAGGUGACCCCAGCCAGAGCGACAACAAGAAGAGCUACUCCUAUGGCUGGUCCUUUUAUUUCGGAGCUCUGUCCUUUGUGCUGGCUGAGAUGGUGGGCGUCCUGGCAGUGCAUGUGUUCAUAGAAAAACACAGACAGCUGCGCACUAAUGGCCGGCCUUCGCUCAUGAAGCCGCCCAUCUCUCGAAGCUCAUCGUAUUACCGCAACCGUUACUAUCAGAACCGCAGCCGCCGGUACAGUUACAGGAGCAACCACAGCGCAGGGGACCCGCCCUCCUUCCGAGCAUCACUCAGCCGUGACCGGGAGCCGUCCAUCUCCGCUGAAUCUAAAGUCACCACCAUGGCAGGUUUGCCAAAACCAGUGUCAGUGGGCUCAGAGUUCAUGCUCUACGCUUUACCCUCGCCUCUCAAAAACAGUAAGAUAGACAUGGCUGUGGAUCAUUUAACAGCUGCAGCUGCUCACAACAACACAGAGAUGCUGCCUGGAAACUGCGCUUCCAACAGGAGGACCACACCUGUCUAAGAAGAGAGUCCCUGUAAGGCUGAACUUUAGUGGGAGGAGAAUAAGCUUUCUCAUGUUCUUGCUUG